GUGUGUGUAACGUCUGUACACAAUAUUUCGGUUUUCGGUGUACACAACUGUUUUUUACGUCUCGCGUCGCGCUUGAUAGUGUCGUAGCUGUUAUUCUACUCGCCGUGAGUCCGGGAGUCGUGAACUCGUGACGUCGCCACUCGUUACUACAUAGUACAUAUAUUAUAUUCGUUACGUUACGAUUCGUUUGUGUGUUCGUUUGUUUGGUGUGUGUGUGUGUGUGUGUGUGUGCGUUAGUGCCUACUGCCUAUAGCGGGUUUUUUUUCCCCCCGAUUUGUUUGCCGGCAGACGUCCGCCGCGUCCCCUAACGACGAGUGAUCGCCCGUAGACGACCGCACCGCCGAAUAGAAAUUUUCAUCCGUUUCCAUCCGGACCGGACGCCGCGUAAGUACCCGGCCCACCCUUUAUACCGGGCACCCGACCGCUAGUCCACCGGUACGGUGUCCGACUCGACUAGGUUCUCGGGAUGACUGGCGAUCCGCUUGCCCAGGGACGGCGGCCAUUUGCAGCUUUUGACCACUGCCGAUCCGUGUGGCGGGGCGCCGCGGUACGGUUUCACGAGCCUUUUUUCGGGCAUUUCCCGGCGCCCCUCCCCCCUUUUCGCGACAACCGUUGUGCAUUUUUGCAUUUUGGCCCCGAUCUGUGGACUGCACACACGACACGAUCAUCUCGUCUCGAUCUGCCGCCAUCGUUACGCCCCCCUAGUCAAUCAACCAUGGCUGACUUAGACGAUCAAUUAUUAGAAGGCGGUAUUGAUUUAUCGUCCGAAGAACAUAACACGCAAAUUGGUAUAGAAAAUAGCAUGUCUUUUGAUUUAAUUGAAAACGGACAAUCAAACAAUGCCGAUUCUCAAGCGUCAGCAGACUCUGAUUUGGAAGUAAUUAGAGCCCGCGUACGAGAAAUGGAAGAAGAAGCUGAAAAGUUGAAAAAAUUGCAAUCACAAGUAGAUCAAGAAAUGUCAAACACGCCAGUACUGUCUUCUCCAAAUUGCUCGAAAACAAGUGCGACUUAUAAUUUGUCUGAGCAGGAAAAGGCUGAAGCUGAUGCUAGAUCUGUUUAUGUCGGUAAUGUAGACUAUGCAGCAACAGCAGAAGAAUUGGAAACUCAUUUCCAUGGCUGUGGUUCAAUAAAUCGGGUUACCAUAUUGUGUAACAAAUUUGAUGGUCAUCCAAAAGGAUUUGCAUAUAUUGAAUUUGCUGACAUGGAUUCUGUUAACACAGCCAUGGCGAUGGAUGAUUCUUUAUUCAGAGGUCGUCAAAUUAAAGUUAAUCCAAAAAGAACGAAUAAACCUGGGAUAAGCACUACAAAUCGUCCAGUAGCAUCUAGAGGAAGAGCUAUGUUCCGAGGCCGCCCAAUGUCACGUGGCGGUGCACAGUCAUCAUUUUAUGGUGGUUAUAGACCUUCACGUAGACCAAGAGGUGGUUAUUCCAGAAGAGCAAUGUAUUAUCCUUACUGACGUUCACAAUAAAUCCAUCGCUCAGUUAAUCGGUGGGAACCAUCAAUAUUAAGAAAAUGAAUAAGUUGUAACAAAAGGCUUUUUAAAAUGAAAAAUGAUUUCUUUUGUACAUACAUCCAAACAUUAACUUCAUAGCCUUAAUGGGCUAUUGGGAAUGUAUUAGCUUAAGUUUUUAUUUUUGAUUGAAAAUUGGAUUGAUUUAAUAUUAAUAAUUAUAGCCUGUAAUAACUAAUUGGGAAUAAAAAUAAUAUUGUGUAAUUCAUAUGACUGUGCGAUGAAUUGUGGAAUUGUUCAUUUAAUAUUAUUCUAAUUAGAUACAUUGUAUGUUUCAUAUUAAUAUUAAAUGUACUAUUUUAGAAUAAUAUAUCCAUUAUAUUAGAUCUUAAGGUUUGAAAAGUUCAUAUGUGCCUAGCUAUAAGUUUUAUUAUAUCUAGAUAAUUUUAAAUUAUUUUAACUCACUAUUUUUCUAAAUUUGAAACAACUUGUGUUUUUUUUUAUGUAAAUAUUAUACUACAUAUUUUUAUGUAGGUUCAUUUAUAACUUUAAAAAAUGUCAAAUAUGUAUAAAAGAUUAUUUGAAUCUUAAAAAUACAAUGUUUUUUUAAAAAUAAGAAAAAAAUAACCAAAGAAAAAAUUCGUGCAAUAAAAGUAAAAACAUAUUUAAAAAAUAAAACAAUUAAAAAAGAAUUGAGCAAUAAAAAUAUGAUCGACAAAAACAAUUGAAUAAAAAAAAAAACGAAAAAUUCAAAACAAAUAAAACACAUGCCCAAAUUUAAAA